UUGCUAACAGUAACAGUUGUAAUCAAAGAGUAAAGAAGCAUUCUUCGAUUUUAUAACAGUUGUGUAUAAAACUUGUUCUAGAUGUAGUCUUCGUUACUCUUUCACGAGUACGACAUUUGAGUUAAAAAUUCAAUAAUAAAUUUAAUUUCCAAGAUAUUUAGCUAUAGUCAAUUCCAUCAUGGAUCAUCAGGUCAACCUAGAAGUUCUCUGUGGAGAUUCACCUUUUUGGGACUACAAUUUAUCAUGGAACUCGACAGUACCCAAAUUGACCCGCUGUUUCCAUCAAACAAUACUUAACUGGUUACCCACAACAUUUUUAUGGCUAUUCUCAGUUUACGAACUGACAAGAACUGCUAGGAUAAAAAAGAAGCCAAUUCCUUGGAAUUUGCAAAACCGCUCUCGUUUAAUUUUAUCAAUUUCAUGUUUACUUAUUAAUGCUUUCCAGUUAGUCAACAUCAUCCAUCGUUACUUCAAAUCAUCCGAACAACCGGCUCCGUCUGAUUUUUAUGCACCAUUACUUAACAUUGCCUCUUUCACUUUAGUUAGCCUUUUCUUAUAUUACCAUCGCGUUCGCGGGGUUCACACAAGUGCUGUGGUAUGGAUUUAUAUGCUCCUCCAAACAGUCGGCGCCUUUCUCAUUAGUUACCAAACUUGGGUCGACUCUUCAGAGUAUUCCUUCAUUGAAUGUGGCCUUUUCAAUAUUUACUUUGCAUUGAUUGCCCUUCUGUUGAUUAUCGUUUCAUUUGCUGAUGGUCCAGUUGAGCAACUAGAAGAUUUUGAAUUGAAAAUUUCUCCAAAACAAGAUGACAACCGUCCAAUUAGUCCAGAAAAUGAGUCAUCUUUCCUCAGCUACCUCGUCUUUUCAUGGUUUGACAAAAUGGCUUUACUAGGAUGGAAAAAGUCUCUAACAACUCAAGAUCUUUGGAGUCUUCAAGAUGAUUUAAAAACUGAAAAUAUCAGCAGAACUUUUGAGAGUAAAAUGAAAAAGUCUGUUCAAAAGCCAAAUAAAUCAUCGGAAGGUCCAAAUGAACCUAAAAGAGUAAAUAUUUUACCGAUUUUGGCCAAAACCUUUGGAAGUUAUUUCAUAGCCGGAGCUUUUUUCAAGCUUUGUCAAGAUAUCCUUCAAUUUAUUAUACCAAAAUUGUUGGGAUAUCUCAUUGAAUUCAUCAAAAAUCAUUCAGAGGAACCAGUUUGGCAUGGAUUUUUGAUUGCUUUCGCGAUGUCAGUCGUAACCUUUACCCAAACCAUUUUCGUCAAUCACUAUUUCAAUCGGAUGUACAUUACUGGAAUGAAGAUUAGUUCAGCUUUAACUGCCGCUAUUUACAAAAAGUCCAUCAAUCUCGGAGAUAAAGCGCGAAAAGAUGUCACCACUGGUGAAGUUGUCAACUUGAUGGCUGUCGAUGCCAAAAGAUUCUUGGACUUAAUGCCUUAUAUCAACCUGAUCUGGUCUGCGCCUUUGCAAAUUUUGAUCGCCAUUUAUUUUCUUUACCAAGAAUUGGGUUAUUCUUCAUUUUUUGGCUUAGCUGCAAUGGUCAUCAUGAUUCCAUUGAACGGUGUUGUUGUUAAAUGGAGUCAAGACUUUCAGGUUAAAUUUAUGAAACAAAAGGACGAAAGAGUUAAAUUUAUGAAUGAAGUUCUCAGUGGCAUGAAGAUUUUGAAGUUUUAUGCUUGGGAGGAAUCAUUUUUGCACCAUGUCAAUGGUUUGCGGCAUAAAGAACUGGUCUCCUUGAAGAAAUUAUCAUAUCUCGAGUGCGCUACAUCAUUUUUAUGGAUUUGCUCUCCUACAUUGGUGUCUGUCGCCACAUUUUCUGCUUAUGUCUUGGUUCAAGGUGAAACACUCACAGCUUCGAAGGCUUUUGUUUCGUUAUCAUUGUUUCAUAUCCUUCAAUUUCCAAUCUCGAUGCUUCCAGAGUUGUUAUCUAUGUAUAUUAUGGCUUCAGUAUCUGUGAGGCGAAUCAACAAAUUUCUUAGUUAUGGUGAUCUGGAUCAGUAUGUAACUAGAAACGACGAAAUUGACGCCAUUUCAAUCGACAAUGCUUAUUUCAAGUGGAAUAAAAAGACGGAAGAAAACGAAAAAAAGAAAUCAAAGACAACUCGCAAACCUGAAAUUACCGAGAAUGAACCAAAGGAUGUUUCCUCUAAUUUGCUCAAUGAUGAACCAGCAUUACAAAAUAUCAAUAUGAGCGUUAAAGUAGGUUCAUUUGUGGCAAUCAUUGGAUCUGUUGGUUCAGGAAAGAGUUCAUUAUUAAGUGCAAUUCUGGGUGAAAUGGAAAAAGUCAAAGGUCGAAUCAAUAUUAAUGGUAAACUAAGGAUAGCAUAUGUCGCUCAACAAGCUUGGAUACAAAAUGCAACACUACGAGAUAAUAUUUUAUUUGGUAAACCUUUCAAUAAAACUAAAUAUGAUAAAGUAAUAGCAGCUUGUGCUCUUGGACCAGAUUUAGCUUAUUUACCUGGAGGUGAUGAAACUGAAAUUGGUGAAAAAGGUAUCAACCUUUCAGGUGGCCAAAAGCAAAGAGUUAGUUUAGCAAGAGCGUGUUACAGUGAUUCUGAUCUGUACAUAUUAGAUGAUCCAUUGAGUGCCGUUGAUGCUCAUGUGGCUAAACAUAUAUUUAAAAAUGUACUUAGUUCAAAAAGUGGACUUCUUCGGAAUAAAACACGAGUUCUAGUCACAAACAAAUUGGAUAUUUUAUCCAAAGUUGAUAGUAUUUAUGUUCUUAUCAAUGGUAAAAUAAGUGAAACUGGUACAUUCAAAGAGUUGAUGGACACACGAGGUGCCUUCUCUGAAUUAGUUGAACAAUUCACAAAUCGUGCUGGUGAACCAGAAGAAGUUGAAGUAUCAACAAAUGAAUUUUCUGAGAAAAAAAGUCUAGAAAUAUCAAAGUCUGUCAAAGAAGAAAAAGACGGUGAAUUGAAUAAAUUGAUUGAAACUGAAACGUCGGAAACUGGUAAAGUCAAAUGGUCAAUAUAUCUGCAGUACUUUGAAAUGGUUUCUCUGUUUUGGUCUGCUGUCAUAAUCAUUGCUCAAGGGAUUUCUCAAGGUCUAACUAUGGGAUCCGAUAUAUGGUUAUCAGAGUGGUCGAGUGAUUCGUUGAAAAUGAACUCUACAUCGCCCAACCCCAAAAUGAGGAUUGGGGUUUAUUGUGCUCUCGGUCUUUUCAAAGGUGUUUCUACCUUUAUUGGCACUUGGGCUCUCGUUACUGGAACAAUAAGAGCAUCAGCAGGCUUUCAUCGUAAAUUGUUAUAUCAUAUUUUCCGAGCUCCAAUGUCCUUCUUUGAUACAAAUCCAAUCGGCCGGAUUUUGAAUAGAUUUUCUAAGGAUAUCGAUUCCAUUGAUACUGCUAUACCUCAAGUUAUUAACUAUUUGUUCUUAUGUUUAUUUCAAGUUUUGGCAGCAUUUAUAAUUAUAUCCAUGAACACACCAGCAUUCAUCAUUGCGCUCAUUCCAAUCAUCCUGAUUUACUCAUUUAUCCAAAGAAUCUUUGUCGCUUCAUCUCGUCAACUUAAACGUCUUGAAUCUGUUACCAGAUCACCCAUUUAUUCACAUUUUGGCGAAACUUUGAAUGGAGUCGAUACAAUAAAAGCUUUUGGUGUAACUGAUCGAUUUAUGCAAGAGUCAGCUAAAAAGGUCGAUUUCAAUAUUUCUUGUCUAUAUCCAAGUGUAAUUGCAAAUCGAUGGCUUAGCGUUAGGCUGGAAACAUGCGGUAAUUUGAUUAUACUGUGUAGCGCUAUAUUUGCUGUUCUGGCUCGCAAAUAUUUGGAUCCCGGUGCUGUUGGACUUUCUGUUUCAUAUGCUCUUAGCAUGACUGGGGAAUUCAACUGGCUAGUUCGAAUGACGUCCGAGUUAGAAACUAAUAUUGUUGCUGUUGAAAGAAUAUUGGAAUACUGUAAGAUACAAAGUGAAGCUGAUUGGUUUGUAGCUAAGGUUAAACCAGAUGAGCGUUGGCCUGAAAAAGGAUCUAUUAAAUUCAAUAAUUACGAGACUCGUUAUAGAGAAGGAACUGAAUUGGUUUUAAAAGGUAUAACAGCAGAUAUUAAAUCAAAGGAAAAGAUUGGAAUCGUUGGUAGAACUGGUGCUGGUAAAUCAACAGUUACAUUAUCAUUAUUCAGAUUAAUUGAACCUGCUGGAGGAAAUAUUUUUAUUGAUCAAUACAAUAUCAGUGAUUUACCUUUACACCCUUUGAGAUCUCGUCUAGCAAUUAUACCUCAAGAUCCAGUUCUUUUUGGUGGUACAUUGAGAUUUAAUCUUGAUCCAUUUAAUAUUUAUUCUGAUAAUGAAAUUUGGGAUGCUCUGACUCAUGCACAUCUAAAAGAUUUUGUAUCAAAUACCGGUGAAGGUCUUAAUUAUUCAAUUGCUGAAGAAGGUAAAAAUUUAAGUGUUGGUCAAAGGCAGCUUUUAUGCUUAGCAAGAGCUUUACUUAAAAAACCAAAAAUUUUAUUUCUCGAUGAAGCUACUGCUGCAAUUGAUUUGGAAACUGAUUCACUGAUUCAAAAAACAAUUCGUAGUGAAUUCAAAGAUUGUACAAUUUUAACGAUUGCCCAUCGAUUGAAUACAAUAAUGGAUUCUGAUAGAGUUUUGGUUCUUGAUAAAGGAAAAGUUGCUGAAUUUGAUACACCUGAAGCUUUAUUGGAUAAAAAAGAUUCUAUUUUCUAUUCAUUAGCCAAAGAAGCAAAUCUCGUUUCAUGAUUUGUCUUUUUAUAGUACAUAGUUUAUUGUAUUUUAUUUGUUUGUAACAUUAUUAAUUUUUCAAAUAUUUUUUCUGUGUAUCAUCAAAUUGAAAAUUUGAUAUAAGUUUUGUUAUAAAGACUUGGAAAUAAUUUAAAGCAUUUAAAAAUAAAUCAUUUAUUCUUUAAAAUCGGAAAAACCAAUAACAUUUGCUUAUUUUUUUAUCAUUCUUGAUAAUAAUGUCAACAAUGAAAUUUCAAUGUAUCAACCAAAUUCCAUAGAAGAAUCAUGAAAUACUCAACUGAUUACCCAACUUAAUACAAUCAAACAAACAGUUGUCAGGAGAUUUGAAACUGUUGAUGGUGAAAAUGAUAGUCGGUAGCGUUUGUUUUCUAUGACAACUUGAUUAUCGGCGACAACUUGCAACCAAUAAGUCGAGUUUCUUGUUGCGUAUGGUUUCUUUACUCCUGGAAUAGUCACAUUUAAAGGCAACAUCCAUGAACAUUUUUUCUUUUCGAUGCUGAUGGUCUUUCUAUCCAGCUGAGACGUUAUGAGUAUUGGUUUUCCUUUGCCUAAAGUAAGGAAUUCAUAAAACGUUGAAGCUGCGAAGUUACAUUGACCAGUUAGGGUAGUUGAAGUUCUCGUGUCAUUAAGAUAUACAUUAACUAACGCUGCUUUAGUAUCACUUCUUUUAAGAGUAAGUUGAGUUCCGUUGCGUUUAGGCUCAGCUAUUAAUGUAUAAGCGCUAGCUUGAAAUGUAGCCUUUUGACUGAGCAUUAUUGGCCUGUCCAAGCAUCCAUUUUCACAAUUGAUCACAGAUCCAUCCGAGAAGUUGAUAAACAGACAAACAAUUAAAACUAGAAAAUUCAUUUUGCACAAUUGAAAAGGCAACAGAUUUGAUGGUAAAAACAAAUGAAA